UGUUUUGAUGUAGAACUUUUAAUCGCAAAUCUGCCAAUAUUUUUUUCUUUUAAACUAUACAGUACAGUAAGGGUAUUCCAUGUUUUGACCAUUUCAGUUCCAAAUUUUAAUUUCUGUCUAUUCACUUUAAGAUAUUGACCUAAAAUUAAUUUUAAAUUGGGAAAACAUCUGUUUAUACAGCUUUGUUAAAAAAAACAUAUUUAAAAGGACAAUGUUAUGAACAUUAACCUGAAAUCGGAUACAUUUUGUCAGAAAUCAUGAUUAAAAAAUAUUAGCAGUAAAUCUUGAAAACGAUACAUCUAGGCCUUUGUUUAUAAAAUGUUAUUGCUGCGUCUUUUUGAAACACCCUAUAUAAUAAAGUUUGAAUUAAAAAUAGAAAGUCGCCGACUUAACAGCAAUUUGUCUAAUAUUACUCAUGAGCAAUCAAGGCCAUAUUAUAUUUUAAUUUUUAGUAUAAAAAAUUAUUUAAUUUAGUAGUUCACGCUACUAGAUGCCACGCCUAGCACUAUAAUCAGCGAUCGAAAGCCGACCAGUACCACCCUGCAUUUGAAAAGGUCAAACUAGACUAUACAGAAGACGAGAUAAUCUUUAACCUUUAUAUUCCGACUUCAUUGUCGGGUUAUCUACAAAAUAAAAAAAUAAUACUUUAACUGUUGAGACAAGAUGUUGUUCGGAAAAGUAGGAGUUCUUACUGCCAGAGGAUUUUUGAUAAAAAAGUCCUUCAGUAGAAGCACAAAACUGUUCAAAUAUGAGAAAAAGAUGGAAAACCCAUUUUACAGAACUGGACGAGUUUUGUUGAAUGAUGUAGUAAACUUUUAUGAUAAAUUAACCAACCCUAAGCCACGGCGAAUUGUUAAAGGAGUCCCGGUCCAUGCCGAUAUUAUUAUAAUAGGAGGAGGCGCAAUUGGCAGCUCAAUAGCUUACUGGCUAAAGGAAAAAACCAACCCAAAUUCCUUCGAAGUCUUGGUAAUAGACAAGGACUUAACCUUUAAAAACAGCGCAACAGCUUUGUCGGUUGGUGGCUUAAGGCAGCAGUUUUCACUACCAGAAAACAUUCAGAUGUCCCUUUUUGGGGCGGAGUUUAUUAGGACUUUGAAGGAUCGCUUUGGACCAUCAGCAGACGUAUGUUUUACACCCCAUGGAUAUCUUAUGUUGGCUAGUGAAGAAGGCGCAGAGCAGCUAAUAGAUAACAGCAAAUUACAAAAUGAAUUGGGAGCAGUGAAUAUUGUUUUGUCACGGGAACAACUAAAGAAUAGGUUUCCUUGGAUAAACGUAGACGAUGUGGCAGUUGGAUGUCUUGGUUUAGAGAAGGAAGGUUGGUUUGAUCCAUGGCCGUUGUUGCAGCUACUGAAGAAAGGGGCUGAAGAAAAAGCGGUCCAGUAUAUCAACGGGGAAGUUGUGGACUUUUUGUUUGAAAAAAGAGAAGAUCUUGUUAUAGAGGGCAUUCAUGAAACCACUUUAGAACAGAGUAAUACAUUAGUGGUAAAAAUGCCGAAUGGAGAACACAAGUUUAUUGAGUUUGCAUUGUGUAUAAUUGCAGCUGGGGCUGAUUCGGGUAAAGUAGCAGAAUUGAUUAAAAUUGGAACUGGAGAAGGAAUUCUCUCACUGCGGCUGCCUGUAGAACCACGAAAGCGAUACGUUUAUACUUUUGAUUGCGCAAAAGAUCCCCCAGGACUAAACACCCCAAUGACCAUUGAUCAUACAGGAGCCUACUUUAGACGAGAUGGUUUAGGAGGCCGAUUUAUCUGUGGAAUAUCGCCUGAUUCAUCCGAAGAACCUGAAACCACCAAUCUGGAAGUGAAUUAUGAUUUCUUUCACGAAAAGUUAUGGCCAGUUUUAGCUCACAGAGUGCCAGCAUUUAAUGCCAUCAAGGUGAAAGGAGGAUGGAGUGGCUUUUACGAAUACAACACAUUUGAUGAAAACGGCAUUGUUGGACCACAUCCUUAUUACACGAACAUUUAUUUGGCUACAGGAUUUAGUGGGCAUGGCAUCCAACAAGCGCCAGCAAUCGGGCGAGGAGUAGCAGAAAUGAUCCUGGAUGGCAAAUUUCAAACAAUAGAUUUAACCCGAUUAGGGUUUGAUCGCUUCAUAUUGGAUAAACCAUUAAUGGAAGCUCAGAUAAUUUAGGUCAAGGUAUGUAUAAAAUAUUCGAGACAAAUAUUUCGAAUAUAUUUGCCUUUUUAAAUGCUGCCACUCUGCAUAAUUCAACUGCAACCUGUGAUAAAAGCAUUUGCUUGAAUUAUAAAGAACAAUUUGUUGGUAGCAAUAAAGAAUGUUAAUGUUGAUUGGAAAUUGCAAAGGCAAUUCGAAAUGUACUUCUAUUGUAAAUAAAUUAUUUUAAGCGAAA